UGCCUCUUCACCUCUGCUAAUACACAUUUUUAUUCUCUCAUUUACAAACUCAGCCAAUUUCACAACUCUUAUUUUCCAUUAUGGCUCAUCUUUCCGAUCUCGUUAAUCUCAGUCUCUCUGACUCCACUCAGAAAAUUAUUGCUGAAUAUAUAUGGAUUGGUGGAUCAGGAAUGGACGUCAGGAGCAAAGCCAGAACUCUAUCUGGACCUGUUGAUGAUCCUUCAAAGCUUCCCAAAUGGAAUUAUGAUGGUUCUAGCACAGGACAAGCUCCUGGAGAAGACAGUGAAGUGAUCCUAUAUCCUCAAGCAAUUUUCAAGGAUCCAUUCAGAAGGGGCAACAAUAUCUUGGUGAGUUGCACAUUUACUUUUGAGUUUAACUGUAAUACUCUUGACCGUAUAAAAAAUAAUUAUAUGUACAGUCGGAUCUCUCUAUAACAUCUCCCCUACAUA